AGUAUAUUAUUAGCCAUGUGUCAGUAUUCAGGCAUGCAUACAGAAAAGGAACAGAUUGAAUAUUGACGGAGUAAAGAAUAUCCACUGAACUGGAAAGUAAAGUCCCCAGAGAAAUAUUAGGUUGUUUCGCAAAAUCGGCUUUAGGAUCAGUCUCUCCAUAACCGCUUCGCCCACCAUAAUAGAAUUUACUGUGCAGCUGCAGACUAUACUCCUGCCUGGGUUACCAGAUUCAGAACUGCACCUGAAAACCAUGGCUCUCUUUCCAGCAGUGCUUUUGCUUCUCUGGGCCAGUACCAUACCAGAAACACAUGGAAACAAACCCAACUUUGUAUUGUUUAUGGCGGAUGAUCUUGGCAUUGGAGAAGUUGGUUGCUAUGGAAAUAACACUUUAAGGACUCCAAACAUUGACAGACUGGCGAGGGAAGGAGUCAGACUUACACAUCACAUAGCGGCAGCCUCUUUAUGCACCCCAAGCAGGGCAGCAUUUUUGACUGGACGAUACCCUAUCAGAUCUGGAAUGACUGGACAUGAGGGAGGCUAUUUAGUUCUGAUGUGGUCCGCUGUGUCUGGAGGUCUCCCAACAAAUGAAACAACAUUUGCCAAAAUACUGCAGGAGCAAGGUUACACAACCGGGAUUAUAGGAAAAUGGCACCUGGGAGUCAACUGCAGAUCCAAGAAUGACUUUUGCUAUCAUCCACUAAAUCAUGGUUUUGAUUAUUUUUAUGGCCUGACUUAUACACUUAUAAAUGACUGCGAAGAAUCCAUGCCAAGUGAGAUCCAUGUACCCUUCAGGGCAAAACUGCAGUUUUAUGCACAGCUAUUUGCCAUGACACUGCUCACAGCUAUGGUUUCUAAGCGAAUGGGAUUACUUCCAGUUUCCUGGAAAGUUCUUGUUAUUUUUGCUUGCUUUGUUGUUUUAUACUUUACCUACUGGUUUGCAGCCUAUGCGUUUUUAAGAUACUGGAAUUGCUUCUUGAUGAGGGACUUUGAAAUCACUGAACAGCCAAUGGACUUAGAAACUACAGCUGGGAAAAUGGUGAAUGAAGCAAAGUCAUUUAUCAGCAGAAACAAAGAGGGUCCUUUUCUAUUAUUUGUUUCUUUCCUGCAUAUCCACUCUCCUCAUUCUACUACUGAGAAGUUCAGAGGGAAGAGCAAACAUGAACGUUAUGGGGAUAACAUUGAAGAAAUGGACUGGAUGAUUGGGGAAAUCCUCGGUGCUAUAGAUCAAGAAGGCUUGGUGAAUAAUACUCUUACUUAUUUUACUUCUGAUCAUGGGGCACAUUUAGAAGGCAUGAAUUCUAAAAGCCAAGGUUUUAAUGGAAUUUAUAGAGGAGGGAAAGGCAUUGGAGGUUUAGAAGGGGCAAUACGGGUACCAGGGAUAUUUCGGUGGCCUGGUGUGUUUCCUGCCAAUACCAUCAUUGAUGAACCUACAAGCCUCAUGGAUAUAUACACCACAGUUAUCAAACUUGGAGGAGGCAAAUUACCAGAAGACAGAAUAAUUGACGGUAAAGACCUGGUGCCUCUGAUGCAAGGAUUGGAUUCUGUGUCACCCCACGACUUUAUGUUUCAUUACUGCACAGACCAACUGCACACUGUCCGAUGGUAUCAAAAGAGCAAUCAUACAGUUUGGAAGGUUCAUUACAUGUCCCCAAAAUUCACUCCAGAAGGAGCCGGUGCCUGCUAUGGAACAAAAUUUUGCUCAUGCUCUGGCAAUGGCGUCAUACUCCAUGAUCCACCACUUCUUUAUAAUCUCUCUGGUGAUCCCUCUGAGAAAAAUCCUUUGCCACAUGACGUGGGACCAUACCAGGAGGUGGUGCAAGAAAUCGAGCAAGCUGUGGCAAUGCAUAAAAUAUCUUUACACCCAGUGCCUCAACAGUUGUACAAGUUCAACAAUAUGUGGGACCCCAGGCUACAGCCUUGCUGUGGGACUUUUCCACUAUGUUGGUGUCAAAAAGAAUGAGCAGCUCAUCCUUUAGAGCGUUCUUUCUAAUUCCAUGGAUCUUUAAGUGGCAAAAAUGUGAGUAUACAGUAUUCAGUUCAGUAGUGUUGAAGGCUCAGAAAAUUAAAAAAAAAAAUGUUCAGCACUUUAAAUAUAUGUUUUCCAUGAGAUACUGUAAUUGGGUAAAUUACAAUUUUGUAUUUCACUAUCCAGAAGUACAAAUUCGAAGUAUAUCAUACA